GGUUCCUGGCCGUCACCCGCGCGCUGCACCGUCCGCUGGCCCAUUGCCCGCACGGGGCCGCCCGCCGCGGGCUCAGGGCGGACCAUGGGCCCCCAGAGCCCGCCGCCCACCCGCUGGCUGUGCGUGCUGGCAGGGGCCCUCGCCUGCGCCCUCGGGCCCACGGGUGGCCGGGCGACCAGGAUGCAUCAGGAGUGCGACUACCUGCAGAUGAUUGAGAUGCAGCGCAGGCAGUGCCUGGAGGAGGCCCAGCUGGAGAAUGAAACGGCAGGCUGCAGCAAGAUGUGGGACAACCUCACCUGCUGGCCAGCCACCCCUCGGGGCCAGGUGGUCGUCUUGGCUUGCCCCCCCAUCUUCACGCUCUUCUCCCCCAUUCAAGGCCGCAACGUGAGCCGCAGCUGCACCGACGAGGGCUGGACACACCUGGAACCUGGUCCCUACCCUGUGGCCUGUGGCUUGAAUGACAAGGCAUCAAGUUUGGAUGAGCAGCAGACCGUGUUCUUCAGCUCUGUGAAGACUGGCUACACCAUCGGCUACAGCCUGUCCCUUGCUGCCCUACUGGUCGCCACGGCUAUCCUGAGCCUGUUCAGGAAACUGCACUGCACACGGAACUACAUCCACAUGCACCUCUUCAUAUCCUUCAUCCUGAGGGCCGCCGCUGUCUUCAUCAAAGACUUGGCCCUCUUCGACAGCGGGGAGUCGGACCAGUGCUCCGAGGGCUCGGUGGGCUGCAAGGUGGCCGUGGUCUUUUUCCAGUACUGUGUCAUGGCCAACUUCUUCUGGCUGCUCGUGGAGGGCCUCUACCUACACACCCUGCUUGCUGUCUCCUUCUUCUCCGAGCGGAAGUACUUCUGGGGGUACAUACUCAUCGGCUGGGGAGUGCCCAGCACGUUUACCAUGGUGUGGACUGUCAUCAGGAUCCAGUUUGAGGAUUAUGGGUGCUGGGACACCAUCAACUCCCCUUUGUGGUGGAUCAUUAAAGGGCCCAUCCUCGCCUCCAUCCUGGUGAACUUCGUCUUGUUUAUCUGCAUCAUCCGCAUCCUGGUUCAGAAGCUGCGGCCCCCAGAUAUCGGCAAGAGCGACAGCAGCCCGUACUCGAGGCUGGCCAAGUCCACGCUGCUGCUGAUCCCGCUGUUCGGAGUGCACUACAUCAUGUUCGCCUUCUUCCCUGACAAUUUCAAGGCUGAAGUCAAACUGGUCUUUGAGCUGGUGGUGGGAUCUUUCCAGGGCUUUGUCGUGGCCGUCCUCUACUGCUUCCUCAAUGGUGAGGUGCAGGCCGAGCUGCGGCGGAAGUGGCGGCGCUGGCACCUGCAGGGCGUUCUGGGUUGGCAUCCCAAAUACCAGCACCCAUCAGUCGGCAGCAACGGCGCCACGAGCAGCACGCAGGUCUCCAUGCUGACCCGCGUCAGCCCCAGCGCACGCCGCGCCUCCAGCUUCCAGGCCGAGGUCUCCUUGGUCUGACUCGCAGACACUGAGAGGCCUCACGAGGCUCUUCUUGCCUUCUCCUGCGCACUC